AUGAUUUUGGGAUAAAAUAGUAAAAUUAUCUUAAAUACUAGUAGUUUAGUAAACACUACUAUUUACAAUAAUUAAAUAGUAUGUCCAAGAGGUUGCAGGGGAUAUAAUGUUGUUUAGGAAGGUAGUACCUCAUGCAGCUCUUGUGGUCUUGUUCUUAAAUAGGAAGAUUUAGUACCAGAGUCUUUUGGAGGUAUUGGAUUUGACUUUUAAUCAAACAAAAGAUAAGAAAAUGCUUACGGAUCAAGCAGUUCAAAUGGAAUUAACUAAGAAAAUAGAUAGCGUGAAAUAAGCAAGUAGAUAAGCGAAUUCUGCACAUAGUAUACCUUGAAUCUAAAUGAAAGAGAAGAAGUAAGCUAAAUAGUAGAAGGUAUGUUAGGCAUUAUGGAUGCAAAGAAAAAAAAAUGCCGCUCCCUUAAAAGUUUAGUAGCAGCCUGCUUCUAUGAAUUUAAUAAAAAGUUACACAAGUCUAUUCCAAUCAACUAAAUGUGUAAACAUUUCAUGAUCAAGCAAAGAAAGCUUUUGAAAUACACUAAAAAAUUAUCGAAGUAUCAAAUUUAAAUUAAAUCAGAGUCAAUCACUCACUCUGAGCGCAUAAGAAAUGAAUGGGAUGAAGUAAUGAACACAGUAACUGAUAAAAUAAAGUGCUUCUUACUCACAGGCAAUUCUUCAUCAAUUUAUAACAGUACUUACAAGCCUGAAGUUAACAACUUUGCCUUUGGCUAAGGCCUGAAUUUACUUGGAUAAGAAUAAAAUUCGAAUGAAAUAACUACAUGUAAUAUAGCUUAUAAAUAGCAAAUUAAAGAUAUUGAGUAAAACUAAACCACUAAAAAGAUUGAAAUGAUUAAACAAAAGAUUAAGGCCCUCUAUAAUUGUGAGUAUUUAAGCGUCACUCGCAUGGGAAAGCACCCAACAAAUUACAUUUGUACUUUGAUGUAUGUCAUCCUUAAAUCUAUGAAUAUUGAAUUCAAGAAUAAUAAAUUCUGUGACUAAGUUGGAAUCAAAUAUUCUACCUUAUCCCGCGAAAAGAAAGAAAUUAUGCAAUACUUGUGUAAUAGCUUGCUCAUAAGCCCUCCAAUAACUCCAAUACCGCCGCGGAUUUAAUCCGUACUUACCCAACUUAAUUAGCUCUCUGCUUCUAAAUAAGAGAGUCCUUCUUUUACUAAUAAGCUAUCUGGCGAUUUUAUUGCUUAUACUUUAGAGCAUGUUAUUAGUAUUAAUAAUAAUAUGUAAAAUGAAGAUGAAAAUCACUCAACUUCCUCCACCCCUGUUGAAGUUAACUAAAUUAAUUAAACUACUUUCUGUGAUUCUCUUCUUCUUCAAGCAAUUAACGACAAAAAUUCAAUGGGCUUGAUUGAUUCUGUUAUAGUCACCCCAGAUACUCAAAUCAAUAAGUCUAAAAGAAUCAAUUUAGAUGACUCUUUUAGUUUUGAGAGUUGUCCAAGCUCCCAGCAGCAGAGUCCAAUACGGAGGCAGGCGCAGGCGACGAGUCUGAACCAGCUUACUAGCAGUAGUAGUAGCAGUAGUGAUAGUAGUUGUAGUGGCAGUAGAAAUAAUACCAGUAGCCCAUCUUCUGUUGGUAAUUCUGAAGAUGAGAACGAAGAUGCCAAAGCUUCUAUAUCCAGUGCUGUUGCUAAUGCUAAAAAGCAACCGAAUCCUAAAAUUGAACACUAUAAACAAUGA